AUGGCUUCGACUUGCAAUCGUGUGAUAGGUAGAGUUUCAUCGUCUCUCUCAUCUCUCAAAUCCGCCAUUAGUAAAACAAAGCCUUCUCGAACCUUUUCCUCCAAAGGUUCCACAACGACGUCGUCGUCUCCGCCAUUACCCGCUGUUCCUCGAUUCUCAUCGAUCACCAAGUCUCCGGUGGAGCGACUCGGAUGCGUUCAGUCUCUGUUGCCACUGCACAGUGCGGUGGCUGUAGCGAGGCUAAAUUCGCGUCUUAGUGAGCGUUCGAGGAGUUGCCGAGCUCUAUCACAUGAGCUUGGUCUAUCAGUUCCAAGGUGA